AUGGAGAAAAUAACAUCGUCCAAAGGAAAACAAAAUAUAUUAUACGAAGGGUAUUGUUACAGACUCGACAGAGUGCUUAAGAGUGGCAAAGAGUCAUGCCGUUGUGUAAAUGGAAAGUGCAAAGGAAGGAUACAUGUUUUUGGAGAUGAAUGCACAUUUACCAGUGAUCACGAUCAUGUACCAGAUCCUGCAAAGUCGGCGGCUAGCUUAUCAAUGAUGCGGCUUCGCGAAAGGGCAGCGACAUUAAAUGAUGCACCAAGGCGAAUCAUUCAGGAGACCCAAAUUAAUUUGCAUCCAGAAGUAGUCGCUGUUCUUCCUAAGUUUCAUUCCCUUAAGCGGACAGCGCAACGACAACGGAAGUGCAAGGGACUGCCUAUCCCGGCUCCAAGUAACAUAGGGGAAAUAGAUAUACCACGAGAACUUGCUUACACGUAUGCUGGUGAAAAUUUUCUUGCAUAUGACUCCGGUAGUGAGGACCCGGAUCGUUAUUUUAUAUUUGCCACCCCUGAUAAUUUGAGAUUGAUGAAAGAAAAUAAGCAAUGGAUGGGAGAUGGGACUUUCAAAAUAGCUCCUCAGUUAUUUUAUCAGCUAUAUGUGAUUCAUAUCCUAUAUAAAGGAAGCGUCCUUCCAAUGGUAUGCAUUCUCCUUCAGAGAAAGUCAGAGGGAGCAUAUAGCCGUGCUCUGAUACGACUACUUUGCAUGGAUAAUGAGAUUGCUCCAUCUUCCAUUUUGUGUGACUACGAGAAAGCAUUUCAUAAAUCUUUUCUUUCUGUCUUCAGAAAUGCUGAGGUCUUUGGGUGUUUCUUCCAUUUAUCCCAAGCCGUUUGGAGAAAAAUUCAGGAUUUAGGUUUGACUAAUUUAUACUGUACCAAGGAAGAAAUACGGCAAUACUCAAAAAUACUAGUGGCCUUGGCAGUCGUUCCUCCCGAUGACAUAAUAAAUGUAUUUGAAUCUUUACAUGAUGUCAUUCCUGACGAGCUAGAUGAGUUAGUCUUUUACUUUGAAGACACUUGGAUAGGAAUACCGUGCAGGAGAGGAAGAAGAGAUGCUUUGUUUCCUCCAAGCGUCUGGAGUGUGUAUGAACGUGUUGUCAGUGAACAUCCGCCUACAAAUAAUUCGUAG